AUGGCUGCGGCUAAGAAUGACGACCUUGGCCUUCAAUUUAUCAGCAAAUUUGUAAAGUUGCUACGUGCAAAAGGUGAAGAAAUACUUUCAGGAAAGGCUGCUCUAUCUUUAAACUUAGCAUCCUUACAUUAUAUUAAUCAGCGCUUGAAAGAUAUCGGUUUUGAUGAAAAUCAUCAAUCCUUAGAGAAAGACUUCGAUAUCAUAACUGUCAAAGACCACCUUCGCAAGAAAGGCAACGAAGACAUUUUAGUAAUUUAUGAUUUUAUGCAAAAAGCUAUCAAAUUAAAACUUAUUAAUCAUGGCGCAACCCUGUGGAAUUCUCCUAAGAUAAAUCUGAGUAGAUUUCGAUCAUUACAAUCCUUAGAGAUUAAGAAAAUACCAUUAUCUUGCAUUGCUGGCUUAAAAUUUUUAAGACCACAAUUAAAGUCUUUAACAUUCACGCGGUGUGUGCAACAUUUAUCGGAGGUCUUGAUAUCAUGCUGCAGCGAUAGAACGGUUCCUAGUCUAUGGUCGAAACUCGAGGUGGCCGACUUUGGACACAACUCUAUCACAUCUGUUGAUGAUUCACUAAAUUUCUUACCGAUGCUUCAGACACUACUUUUAAAUGAUAACAGAUUGUUAAAUAAAAAUUGCAACUUUGAAAUGAUAAUGUGCAACAUCAGCGUUUUAAAUCUCGGAUAUAAUAAUUUGGAUAAAAUUCCCGUGAUGUCAUAUGAAACUAAAAAAUCACUUAAAGUCCUUAUAUUGAAAAAUAAUAGCUUAGAUAAUAUAGAAGGCAUUAAAGAUUAUAAAAAUUUAGAAAUUCUUGAUUUAUCUGGUAAUUUAAUCACUUCGCAUACAAUCUUAAGUCCUCUGGCAUCAUUACAUUCCUUAUGCAAUACAUUUAUUCUGGAUGGCAAACAACUCACUAGUCAGGAACUUAAGGCGAAGAUAACUAAUAAUUUCAACAUCAAGCAAACUUCUAUCUCAAGCGAGAGGCAAAGCAUACCAGCUGUACCUAACGGUAUCGGUACCAAUAUAAUUAAUGGCGCUGAUAACUUACUCGCUGUGAAUUCAUCUCCCACUAGUUCUGUUAUCAAGCCUAAAAAGAAACGGGGAAAAUCAUCUAAACAACAAGCUAGCACUCCUACGAAGCCUUCACAAGAUGAAACAAGCAGAUUCACAGAAAAAGCGAAGAAAAGUAAAAUCUCUUACGGCAAAGAUUGGCUAUUUCUUGCUGCUGAUGAACUUGCUCUAGCGCGAUCCCAAUUAGACUCAUUAAACCUGACAACUGAAAGCGAAAACUCGACCUACGAGGAAUAUUCGUUUACCAACGAUAAUGAAAAUGUAGUUGUUGAGAACAAUGAGAGCAAUGAAGUGCAUACAGAGGAUAAAGUUAUUCAAUCAAGCUCACUAGUUGAUGAUGGAGAGCUCUUUUUAGUUAGCCGUCAAUUACCUGAUGGCACCCUAGCCUAUUAUUAUUUAUCUAUCGGAGACGGUUGCAUCCGCAUCAAGGAUACCAUGAAAAAUAAGAUUAUAGAUUCCUUGAAAUUGCGCGAUUUGGUAUCGGCUGUUUUGAAACCUUCAAUAAAUACUAUUGAUACGAAUAAAACCAAUAAAAUGUUAAGUAAUGAAGACGAAAAUGCCAACAAGGAAAUGCAGUUUACUCUUGAUCUGACCUUCAUGUACCCAGACUCGCUUCGUAAAGAUGUUCUAUCCUAUGUUAUUCCCGAUAGAAAAGAUGCAGAGAAAUUACAUAUUCAGCUAGCUUCAAUCGCUGAUGAUAACUGUUCAGAAUUAGAAAUUGAAAGGAUAAGAGAGUGUUUGAAAUGUAAGCAUGUCUUCAUGGUGCCAAUUCGAUACCUUCAUGAAGGCAAAGCAGAUUCAAUUGAUCCACCUAUAAAUCACAGUCUUUGCCCAAAGUGCGGGAGUGAUAAGGUCUUCUUUGUCGUUAAGAAACAAUCUAAGGAAGUUGCUGAAUCUCCAAGAAGCGACUUAAAAAAUUUAAAUUCUUCAAGCACAAGUUUUCAGCGCUCGCAUUCUAAUUCACAUCCUGAGAUUACGGCUGGCAGCCGUGAAUCAACCAAAAGUACUCCAGCAAGUAUAGCAAAGGUUGCGUCAUCAGGAAAGGCGUCUUUGCCCAAGCCGGCUGCAAGGAGUUUGGAUUCAAAUCGUAACGACACUGUUGACGGCGCCAGGAAAUUCGACACAGAAUGUAAACAUGGAGAUUUUGUAAAUAAUCAGGAAAGAGAUAACAGCACCGUAAUUGUAUCUCUGACAACAGAUAAUUCGUCUGUAGGUGAUAAUCAAAGUUUAUUAUUAGAAUCGACAAAUAUAGAAAGCGAAGAAUCCGAUAAUCUACAUAAUUAUGGUAAAAAUUCUAAUGAUAUUGAUAGUAUAUCAGAAAAUCUCAAUACCGACCACAUUAAUAGCUACGCCAGUUUAAGAUCGUCGAAUGAUGACGGGAGUGAAUAUCAGUCUAAGAGCGCUGUUUCUACGGAGCGACAAGAACCAGAUAUAUCUGGAUACAGUGACGAUGUCGGUGGUUAUCAUACCAUGGAUUCAAGUGAAUUACUUAGUGCAACCAGUCUUAAUAGUGACAACGAUGCUAUCACACAAGACGUCAAUAAGAAUAAUUCUAAAGCUGAAGAUUUUAGCAUAUUAGAUCAUAACACAGAACUAGUCAUGAACUUAACGGCAAGCUGUAUUGUAUACCCUGAGAGUACCGUACAUCCAUGCUACCUGAUAUGCACAAACACCUCUAUCUAUUUACUUGAAAUUGGAACCGCAGAUGAUAGUGAAUCCAACGAGCAAACCCAGCCGAUUAUUGCACGAACUCAAAUAGAAAAUUUAGCAUAUAUCGACGUCGGCUAUAACUAUCAAAGUUUUCGAAUGGAAUUUAAAUAUGACCCGAAAUGUUUUACAAUCAUCGUAAAAGAUAAGAAUAAAUGUUCAUCAUUUCUAGAUUAUUUCUGUGGCUAUUGGUCAUCUACUACUUCACUAAGGGAUUACGAUGUUAGCUUAAGUCACGACCACAUUUCAUACACAUGUAACAAUAUUAGAGCUCAAUUAAUACUAAAAGAUAGAAAUGACUUCAAUAAUAUUCACGAAAUCGGCGAAACAUUGCGUAAACUGGCCUUAAGAUCCUCCAAAACUGAUCUUAUUGGAGACAAAAAGUUUAAAAAGAAAGUAUUCCGAGACUGCUUUGUUGCGAAUCAGUUUCUAGACUGGCUGAUGGAUGUAACAGACUCCUCACGUUUAAAAGAUGAAAACGUAACGGUAUCUGCACCAGAUGUAGAAGAGAAUCCCAAAGAUAUUCUUCUUUACUUACUAGUUAACAUUACUAUCAAUGAUGAUUGUUAUGAGAACGUCUGCCUAGUGGUAUCACCGGACGAUAUGUACAUAGCUAGGGUUAAUUUUACUUUACCCAUUUCGCGCGUGUUGCCAAAAAUUCAUUUAUUGAAAGCUAGACAGUCGCAAUUUUUGAUUAUUGCAAAGCAAGCUAUCACUAGUAUUCUGGAAGUGGAAAUUGAUAGUAAGGUGCCGCAUCAAUUAAUUUUAAAACUAUGCGAUGAGAGUGAAAUGAACGAGAUCAUUUGGAUAAUUUGUGCCGGAAGUGACUACUCAAAAGAUGUAAUUAUUACCACUUUGAAAGAGCCGUAUAAGAAAAGAUUUGGCAUUGAUCUAAGUAUUUUGAUAGAUGAUGAAUCUAAGAAUACAUGA